AUGAAAGGCCUCAUGUCUGAAGAGGAGAUUCAGUCGUCUCGAUUCGCUGAGGCAUGCAAGUUGCGAGUCGUCGAGCAGGAGCUCAUCUCAGGGGACACGCUCGUCUUUGUCGACUUUCCGGAUGUAUCACGCCGCCGAUCGAAGCAGACCGACUGCUACGGCAUAUCUUAUUCGUCACAGAAGCUACGCGUGCACUCGGAAAAGUUGCUCGCAACCGGCUCUGCCAAGUUCGCCGAGAUGCUGAGCCCGACGUACCAGUUCCGUAUCAAAAGACGGAAGAAGCUGACAAAGGAUCUUCCGGAAGGCGUCAAGUACGUUCUCGACUUGACGCCGCAGUCUGAGGGCGAUGAACUCGUCUCACAAAUGACGCAAUUGUCUCUCACCCCCGGAAUCAUCAGGUGGUGGGCUGCCAGCGGUCUUCACAAGGUCAGCAACUGGCUGGUAUCUGGACAUGACGAUGUUUGCACCUGUGGUCGGCAACACAUCCCCGGCUGGGGGGCCCCGAGACAAGACGGGAGGGGACAGGUACAGGGACAGGGACAGGAAGAGUCGGCACCGAACGACAACAAACCGCCAGGCAGCAAUAUCAACGACGUUGUGGUUACCGCUCCUACACCAGACGAUCUCAUCUCGAAGAAAGAGCAUGGCAUCAACCAGCCUUACGACAUCCCGGAUUACCGCAACAUUCCUGACUACUGCCCUAUACGCCACCGCAAUAGCAUUAUCCGCCUCCUGAUGAUGAUUGAGGGACAGGACAUCAUGCUCGACUCGGCGAAUCGUGUCUGGACCCUUGUUGCGGUGGCCAAGAUCUUCGACUGCACGUCUGUGAUCCGAGACCGAGUUGCCCAGUGGCUCAUGUUCUCGGCAAACACCAAGUUCAUAGAAGUCCUCCCGGAAGAGGCACUCCAGCUUGGAUUUGACCUGGAGCUUGUGCAGGUCACGCAGUGUGCUUUCCGGAUCCUUGUCAAUGAGUUGGCCCUCAAGGAAGCCGCCAGUCAGCCGCACCGUGGUGAUUCGAGCUCUGAUCCCAAUUGGGUCACCGUCUUUGGCAGGAGACUUGGGAACCUGGAUGAUGAGCUGCACAACAUUGUCCAGCACGCCGCUCGGGCUUUUGUUGAACGAGUGUCGGCGAUACCAGGCAAAUUCCGCGGUUUUCACCAUUUCAAGGUUGAAGAAUAUGCGAAGCUACGGGAAAUGGAAGAAGUGCUGGCGCAGCAAUCCGACGAAGCCAGCGUCAAGGCUUCCAAGUCUAUGUCUGUGCUGAUGGCGGCGAUGCGUCGUAGCAUCUCAAACGCCUAUUCCCGGCUUUGGGUAGGAACGAAUACGGAGCAGGAGGCGCUUGCUUCCAUGGACGAGGAUCGAGCUACAUAUGUGUUGCCGGAGGACUUCAGACGGCUGGAGGAGAUCAUACCCACGCUGAAUCUCAACCAGAAAUUCCUGUUGCCGUUUGCAUACCAGCAUAUGAGCGAAUGGUGGCAUAAUGACCCUACGCAGUCCAAGUGGUUGGCUAUGGCUAACCAGCUUUCGCCCAACUCGAUCAAAGCAAAUAUGAUUGCUGCAAUGGACGACAUCCAGCAAGCCAUCACUGCAAACCCCGAGAGGGCAAGCCAACCACAAUGGGCGAUAUUUUUGGAUCCUACGGAGGGGCCUCUCCGCGUCAAGAACCCGCUCAUCGACCUGGAAGCCCUCAAUCGACAGAUGCACGAUGCCACAUUGCGGUACGGCAGCUCGUGGCUGCGAUUUGACAUUGAGCCUGCGCUGAACAUCACGCGCCACUUGCUUCUCACUCUCGAGAACAACGAGCUCAAGUAUCUCCCGCUCUGGGCCGGCGGCUGCAAUGACGGCACUGGGGGCGUCUUCCAGGAAGAGCUUCCUCCUGCCGACUGGGGACCGAGCGGCCCUGGGCCUGCCUAUCAUACCGGCAUCACGAUUCCCUCAACAUCGAGCACCUCGGGGUCGCUGGUUGACGGCUUCUCUGCCUUCAACGUCAGGGGGAGCACCGUCGUGGGAUCCGUGGACGUGCAGGAUGGAACAUCGACUGUGUACGCGCCCGACCACGUCAUCCCCGACGACACCUCGAUCGCGUCCGAGUCCUUUGAGGUGGACGGACCCGAGUCCUACCAGGAGGCGCGAUUUGCGGUCCCAGCCGAGCAUCAGGACAUGGGUCACGCGGUGGACAUGAUGGUGGAAUCGCUGGACUCUGAUUCCGAUACGGCGUCGGUCACGACAGAUCGGGUGAUGAUUAUGGGCAGCGCUUUGGAGAGCGGCGCUGAAGAAUUCGAUGAGGAUGGGGAUGUUAUGAGUCUUGAUGAUUAA